CACAUGUGAGAGGCAGAGCCGCAGAGGGGCGCGUUUCAUUUGUGUCACUUCCGGCGAGCCUAACAGUGUCCACGGCAACAUGGCCUUGAACGGCGCUGAAGUUGACGAUUUCGCCUGGGAACCUCCGACAGAAGCUGAGACGAAGGUGCUGCAGGCGCGACGGGAGCGGCAGGAUCGCAUCUCUCGUCUCAUGGGCGACUACCUGCUCCGUGGUUACCGCAUGCUGGGUGACACGUGCGCGGACUGCGGGACGAUCCUCCUCCAAGAUAAGCAGCGGAAAAUCUACUGCGUGGCUUGUCAAGAGCUCGACUCAGAUGUGGAUAAAGAUAAUCCGGCUCUGAAUGCGCAGGCGGCCCUCUCUCAAGCUCGGGAACACCAGCUCGCCUCCACUACAGAGCCUGCCACAGGCUCUCGGCCCACACCCCAGCCCCCAGUACCUCGUCCAGAGCACUGUGAGGGAGCUGCAGCAGGGCUCAAGGCAGCCCAGGGGCCUCCCCUUCCUGCUGCCCCUCCAAAUGCAGAUGUGGUGGCUUCCACACAGACGGCCCUCCUGCAGAAGCUAACCUGGGCUUCAGCUGAGCUGGGAUCUAGCAGCUCCUUGGAGACUAGUAUCCAGCUGUGUGGGCUUAUCCGGGCUUGUGCUGAGGCCCUAUGCAGCUUGAAGCAGCUGCAGCACUGAGGCCUCUACUCCAACAUGUGUUCCCCUGAGAAAAACCCUCUAGAAAAACA